GUCAGGCGAAUAACCUUGUUUAUUCCUGUCUACGGCCUUUGCGAGGGUGACUGAGGACUGAGUCCUGACCUGUGUCAACGCUGAGUGGAUUGCGAGAGGCUUUAGUGGCCGGGAGUCAGUGAGGCAGUUCCACGGCCGGCCCCCGCUUGCUUAUCUGCCGGGUGAAAACAGGAGAAGGAUAUUGUUACGUUUCAGUUCACCUUCCUUUGGUGAAGCCGGGCAGGGAGGAGGCUAAAGCCUAAACCUCUGACAUGGCCACAGCCUCACCAAGAUCUGAUACAAGUAACACCCAUAAUGGAAGAUUACAGAUGCAAGUAACAGUUUCUAGUGCCAAACUGAAACGAAAAAAGAAUUGGUUUGGAACAACUUUCUACACGGAAUUAACUGCAGAUGGAGAAAUUAAGAAAACAGCAAAAUCAAGUAGUUCUUCAAAUCCCAAAUGGGAUGAGCAGCUGACAGUGAAUGUGACUCCACAGACUACGCUGGAAUUUAGAGUGUGGAGCCAUCACACUUUAAAAGCAGAUGCUUUAUUAGGAAGAGCCACUGUAGACUUGAGACAAGCUUUGGAAAUACACAAUAGAAAAUUGGAGAAGGUGAAAGAACAGUUGAAACUCUCUUUGGAAAACAAGAGUGGCAUGGUGCAAACAGGUGAACUGACAGUUGUGCUAGAUGGUUUGGUUGUUGAACAAGAAUCUCUUACAAAUCUCAGUUCAUCAGCGACCAAAGUUCAGCAAAAUGGUGAAGCUGUGCAUGAAAGCAGAGAUGCUUCAGCAAGAAGUUCAUCCAGAUCGGCUUGUGACAUUUCUAAUGGGAUAGACAAUCAAGUACCUUCCAACUCUGUAGUACAGAAUACAUUCUGUAUAGAAGCUGUUAAUGGAGACAGCACACCAUCUCCUACUCAUGUUGCAGCCAGACCUAAAAAUACACCAGUACCAAAACCACUUGAAGCUCAGCCUGUCAACAGCACUGUUAAUGGCGAGUCAUCCUCCUCUGCACCUGAAGCGGGUAAUUCUUCUGUCUCUGAGGCUCCAGUGACUUCAGUCGAAGCUCCCAUGUCUUCAGAUUGCACUAACACUACAGUAGAACCUCAGUCAGCAACAGAAGCAACUAGUUCUGAAAGCCACACUUCUGCAUUACCUGCUGUGUCUGCUGGACUAGAACCUACAGCUGCAACAGACUGUGCUCAGCCUAAUGCUCGAAACAGUAUAGCUGCAGAUGCAGCAAAACCAAGGGAAUCCUCCUCCACCUCAAGUGCAUCUGCAGAACCCAUAAGACAGCAGCCUGGUAGUGCUAGUACAGAACCUUUGCCACCAGGGUGGGAGCAAAGAAAGGAUCCUCAUGGUAGAACCUAUUAUGUUGAUCACAACACACGAACUACAACGUGGGAAAGACCACAGCCCUUACCUCCUGGCUGGGAAAGAAGAGUUGAUGAUCGUGGGAGAGUUUACUAUGUGGACCACAACACCAGAACGACAACAUGGCAGCGACCAACAAUGGAAUCAGUCAGGAACUUUGAGCAGUGGCAAUCUCAACGGAAUCAACUGCAGGGAGCUAUGCAACAAUUCAACCAACGAUACCUCUACUCGGCUUCGAUGUUGUCAGCAGAAAAUGAUCCACUUGGGCCUUUACCACCAGGUUGGGAAAGGAGAGUGGAUUCAAAUGAUAGGGUGUAUUUUGUUAAUCAUAACACAAAGACAACACAGUGGGAAGACCCUCGAACCCAAGGUUUACAAAAUGAGGACCCUCUUCCAGAGGGCUGGGAAAUCAGAUAUACCAGAGAAGGUGUCAGAUACUUUGUUGAUCAUAAUACAAGAACGACCACAUUCAAUGAUCCUCGUACUGGGAAAUCUUCUGUAAAUAAAGGGCCACAGAUUGCUUACGAGCGUAGCUUUAGGUGGAAACUUGCUCAUUUCCGUUACUUGUGUCAGUCCAAUGCGCUGCCAAGUCAUGUGAAAAUCAAUGUAUCCAGACAGACUUUGUUUGAGGAUUCCUUCCAGCAAAUUAUGGCAUUAAAACCCUAUGAUUUGAGGAGAAGACUAUAUGUUAUAUUCAGAGGAGAAGAAGGAUUGGAUUAUGGUGGCUUGGCAAGAGAAUGGUUUUUCUUGCUUUCCCAUGAAGUACUGAACCCUAUGUACUGCCUAUUUGAGUAUGCUGGCAAGAGCAACUAUUGCCUGCAGAUAAAUCCAGCAUCAACAAUCAAUCCUGACCAUCUUUCAUAUUUCUGUUUCAUUGGGCGCUUUAUUGCCAUGGCAUUGUUUCAUGGGAAAUUUAUUGACACUGGUUUUUCUCUGCCUUUCUACAAACGAAUGCUGAGCAAAAAACUUACUAUUAAGGAUCUAGAAUCUAUUGAUACUGAAUUUUACAACUCCCUAAUUUGGAUAAGGGAUAAUAACAUCGAAGAGUGUAACUUGGAAAUGUACUUUUGUGUCGAUAUGGAGCUCUUAGGAAAAGUAACCUCUCAUGAGCUGAAAUCAGGAGGUUCAAAUAUCUUGGUAACUGAGGAGAACAAAGAAGAAUAUAUUGGGCUAAUGGCAGAGUGGCGAUUUUCUCGGGGAGUUAGAGAACAAACCAAAGCUUUUCUUGAUGGUUUUAAUGAAGUAGUUCCUCUACAGUGGCUACACUAUUUUGACGAAAAGGAACUGGAGGUUAUGCUCUGUGGUAUGCAAGAAGUUGAUUUAGCAGACUGGCAGAGGAACACUGUUUAUCGUCAUUAUACAAGGAAUAGCAAGCAGAUCAUAUGGUUCUGGCAGUUUGUAAAAGAAACAGACAACGAGGUUCGCAUGCGGCUUCUGCAGUUUGUCACUGGCACUUGCAGAUUACCACUGGGUGGAUUUGCUGAACUUAUGGGAAGUAAUGGUCCUCAGAAAUUCUGCAUUGAAAAAGUUGGUAAGGAAACCUGGUUACCAAGAAGUCACACUUGUUUUAAUCGUUUGGAUUUGCCACCAUAUAAAAGCUAUGAACAACUAAAAGAGAAGUUGCUUUUUGCCAUUGAAGAAACAGAGGGAUUUGGUCAAGAGUAGAAGCAGCUUCUAGUCAAAAUGGAUAUCUUGCAUAAUAAAAGGCCCAGCCAACUAAAAUUGCACACUUAAUUGUAUAUAAGCUUUUUGUUCUGUACAGUGAUCUUUCUGGAACUCUAAAAGUUUAAUUGUUCUCUGUUCUUCCACAAAUAUAUGCAAAACAGUUCAGCCUUUUCUACUUUUAUUUAUUGCCCUCCCAAAAGACCAGAAAAACCCCUCCAUAAAUUUUGAAAGCAGACAAGAGACUUAUUUAAAAUAUAUAUAUAAAAAUAUAAAUAUAUAUAUACUAAUGGGCUCUAGUUUUAUAGAGCUUUAAGGGUAUGAAAAGUUGCAGCCAUUUAAAAGGGCCUGGAUUUGCUUUAUCUUGGCUUUAUCAUUCAGAAAAAUGUUUAAACUGCUCUGUGUUCACUUAAGAAACAUCUCCAAGUUUGUUUUAUUGCAUGGCUAUUCUAAAAGGUGUUAAAGGCUUAGGCCAAACGUAUCCUAAAUAUAUAGAAAGAUGCUGCUGGUAUUUGAGAUGACAGAAUCUGUUCUUCUGUCAGUUUAAUUUUUUUAAUACCUAAAUAGCUGAUAUAUCCCUCUCUACUGAUAUAGCCAAGGUCAUGAAUAAAGCCUUUACUACUUGCACAAGAGUCAUGUAGAAUAAGAUGAAUGUGAUUUAAUGUUGAAAGGAGUUGGUGCCACUGUUCUGACUUAUUGGAGGAGCUGAACAGAGUAUUUUAAUUCAUUUGAGCAGCAUUGAAAUUUGUUUACAUAGUACCUUGGGUUAUUACCAUGAGGAUGUUAGGUAAUCUUCAAAGAAAAAAUAAUAAUAAAAGAGAAAAUAUUACCCAUUCUCUUCCUGGUCUGGUGUCUUGCAGGUUUCUUUUUUUUUUUUCCUGUUUUGGUUUCCCUUUUCAAUCCAUGAUGUCCUUUUUGUAACUUUGUAGAGUUAUAUUAAUGUAAACUGAGCUAUAAGGGUAUACAAAAAGUAUACAAAAGGUAAUGUGAAUUUUGCUGCUUUCUGUGUUCAUGUUCAGUUUCAGUUACUGGAUCUAGUAAACCCAAAUAAAAUGAAAGUUACUUAA